UUUGAAUGUAUUUGAGCUGAAUUUGAUGUAUGAUUCUCCUUGAGAAAUCCUUGAGAAGAUCUCCCUCGAUCGUCAUUGAAAGGUUUCGCAAGACUGCCCGAUUUCGAGAAAGGAGCGAUGUCGUAACUUGGACUAAUUCAAUGACCUAAUUCAAAUGAAUCUCAGUCAGCAACCGCUCGAACAACGGCGAUAGUUUCUGUUUCUAAAACCAGCGUGACAUUCAGCCUUAGGGAACCAUGGGAUGAGAGCGCGCGCACGAGUGAAAGGUGCCAAAAGUCAUCGCCUGUAACGAAAUUAAUUAGAUCAAUCUCACAACGUUUGCCCCGAAAAAACACAAACCUUCCUCUAUUGAGAGCUAGAAUCAUGCACCAUCCGCUCCGAGAGGGACAGUUUACGUUCAGAAUUCCAACCAUGAACUACUUACGCUCGUGGUGGCUUUUAGUCUCCACCUUAGUGCUAGGAUCUGGCCUCGAGUCCCAGAAUGCAACAUACCACAACGGAACGCUCGGGGGUGGUGCAGAAGACGAAGGACGUCUAUUGAUCCGUGGUAAACCGAUCCUCAUCUAUCCACCGACGGCUCCCACUCGACAUCAGCUGAUCGUGGGUUUCGGUGUGCCGGUACAGGAAAUUCUACACUCGGUCGUGUUCGGUUGGGUACUGAAGGCUCAGUACUAUCUGCCCAGCGUGCCAGGGAACUACGAACCGAUCAAUUUAGAAAACUGGAACGAAAGUCGUCGUGCGUUUCCGGAUCGUGCGCGUCGUUCGGUGGAACGGUACGAGGUGGAUAAUGUGCGUAUCCGCGUCGAACCACUGGCCACCGUGGAGCGGGAUGUGCUAGACGAGGACGAGCAAGAUUAUUACAGUGAACUGUUGGACAACGAGAUUGGUGCUGAUCCGCAUGUGAAGGAAACGCUGGAAAAGGACCCCCCGAGAGUGGAGGAACAAGGCACAGCUAACGAAUAUCCGGAUGGUUACAACGUUCCCAAUGCCAGGUGGAACGUUUAUAAAGCUGUUGAGGGGCUUAGCAGUGGAUACGGGUUCGGUGGUAGGGCUUGCAUGUUGCGGAGCAUUUGUGAGGCAGCGGAGACACAGUUUACACACACGGGAGGCGUUUUUGCGGAGCUGCUGCAUAUAAUGCUGAGGUAAGUGGUAGUGUAUAGAUCAAUCAAAAUGUGUAAGAGAUGUGGAAGUUCUUAGGUGCUCAAACAACAGCGUUAUGAAGAUAGGGGGGGACCUUCUAAAUACCUGACGAAGUUGUAAACUGAAGCUGAACCCAAAAGAAUCUUCAGAAUUGAUUUGUUUAGUUAUCUCCAACCGUGUCUUGUUUAGCUAUGAACAGAGUGGGCAAGCGCCAGGGACCUCGCCUAGGAAAUCUCGUAUACGGGGCCUUAUCCUUGGGAUCCUCACAUUAACAAGUCUCGUCCAAAUUCGAGGUCUAGAUCUAGAGGGACCACAGAUAUAACGAGCAUCUCUUUUUUUCCCUGCGAUAGGCACCUAUAGGGACUACGAUGCAAUGGCAUCCCUCCAUAGGGUUUCACUAGAUCUCAUUUUACCCUUUCACCAUUGGCCUCCGAAAAGUCUGGCCACACAAGAUCUUCCUCUGUAAAG